CCUCCACCAUGAAUCUGCAAAAUCUGCAAAAUUUGCAGAAACCCAGAACCUCCAUGGGCUCUCCAAGAAAACCCCCACCCCAAAAGCUAAAAGCAAAAACACACAAAAAAGAAAAGCCAACAGAGCCAACCCAUCCUUCCCAAAUUGGGAAACUUCCAUUUAUUCUUUAGCCUUCCCCUUUGCAAUUCCUCCUCCAACUCUUAUGGAAGGCUCAGCCAAUGAACGUCUUGAUUUUGGGAAGAUGGGUUACGGAGGUAAGCAUUACAGAAGAAGAUGCCAGAUUCGAGCUCCGUGCUGCAACGAGAUAUAUCCGUGCCGCCAUUGUCAUAACGAAACAACGAGCAUGUUGAGCGACCCCUUUGAUCGGCAUGAGCUUGUUCGCUAUGAUGUGAAACAAGUUGUCUGUUCAAUUUGUGACAUAGAGCAGCCGGUUGCAAAAGUUUGUACAAACUGCGGCGUCAUUAUGGGGGAAUACUUCUGUGACAUUUGCAAAUUCUAUGAUGAUGAUACCACGAAAGAACAAUUUCACUGCAAUGAUUGUGGGAUCUGCAGAAUCGGGGGUCGUGACAAAUUCUAUCACUGCAAGAAAUGUGUUAACUACCAGUCAAGUCACUGCUCCAGCUUUCCCACACCUCCCGGGCACUCAGGGUUCAAAACCAAAAACCAGAAUUUUGGAACCGGAGCCCUUGUUGAUCGUGACUUCCUGCCCCGCGGCCCUGACAUCUGCACUCAGGUUACAAAUAUACACCCACCUGAUCUUUUUAGCCCCUUAUAUAUCUCAUCACGUACUGGCGCCCAGUCAGCAGGUGGUGCCCAGCCAGCAGGCGGUGCCUUAUCUGUCUCUUUAUCCUGAUUUUUGUUUUCAUAAGUUGUUUCUGCUUUCUCUGUCUCUGUCUCUUGAUCUCGAUCUCCAUUCUCCAAGGCUGAGUU